UGGACCGCAUCGGUGCGUACCUUUCGGAGAGGCUGAUCCGAGAUGUGGGCAGGCACCGAUAUGGUUUGUGAAGUUCGCGAACAUUGAAGAGGACACUCCGUCCUACCACAGGAGCUAUGACUUCUUUGUGUCACGCUUCAGUGAGAUGUGCCACUCCAGUCACGAUGAGCUGGAGAUCAGAACAAAGAUCCGGAUGUCGGGCAUAAAAGGCCUGCAGGGGGUGGUGAGGAAGACGGUUAAUGAUGAACUCCAAGCGAACAUCUGGGACCCGCAGCAUAUGGACAAAAUCGUGCCUUCGCUGCUCUUCAACCUACAGCACGCAGAGGAGGCUGAGAGCCGCUCUCCAUCUCCCCUGCAAGCAACUGAAAAGGAGAAAGAGAGUCCCACUGAGCUGGCAGAAAGGUGCCUGCGGGAGUUACUGGGGCGAGCGGCUUAUGGGAACAUUAAGAACGCCAUCAAACCUGUUCUCAUCCAUCUAGACAACCACUCGCUCUGGGAGCCAAAGACGUUUGCUAUUCGCUGCUUUAAGAUCAUCAUGUACUCCAUUCAGCCUCAGCAUUCCCACUUGGUGAUCCAGCAACUCCUGGGACACCUGGAUGCCAACAGCAAGAGCGCGGCCACGGUGCGGGCUGGGAUCGUGGAGGUCCUGUCGGAGGCAGCUGUCAUCGCGGCCUCGGGAUCAGUGGGACCAACUGUGCUGGAAGUGUUCAACACCCUGCUGCGGCAGCUGCGGCUGAGCAUCGACUAUGAGCUCACGGGCAGCUAUGACUGUGCCGUCGUCGGUACCAAGAUCAUCAAGGAGCAUGAAGAGAGGAUGUUCCAAGAGGCCGUUAUCAAGACCACAGGUUCCUUUGCCAGCACCCUCCCCACCUAUCAGAGGUCAGAGGUCAUGCUCUUUAUAAUGAGCAAGGUCCCGCUGCCUUCUCUGCACCACGCUAUAGACGCUGGAAAAGCUGGGGAGAAUCGGAAUCGCCUGACUCAGAUAAUGCUGCUGAAAUCCCUCCUGCAGGUCUCCACGGGCUUCCAGUGCAGUAACAUGCUCACGGCCCUGCCCAGUUCUUUCCUGGACAGGCUGCUCUCGGCCGCACUGAUGGAAGACGCCGACCUGCGUCUCUUUGUCCUUGAGAUACUGAUCAGCUUCAUUGACCGCCAUGGAAACAGGCCCAAGUUUUCAACUAUCAGCACCAUCAAUGACAUCUCUGUCCUGAAGCUGAAAGUGGACAAGUGUUCCCGCCAAGAUACCGUCUUCAUGAAGAAGCAUUCCCAGCAGCUCUACAGACACAUCUACCUGACGAGCAAAGAGGAGAGCAACGUGCAGCCGCACUACGAGGCGCUCUACAGCAUGCUGGCACUCAUUAGCAUCGAGCUGGCCAACGAAGAGGUGGUGGUGGACCUGAUCCGCCUGGUGCUGGCAGUGCAGGAGAUCGCCCAGAUCAACGAGGAUAACCUGCCUGUGUACAACCGCUGCGCCCUCUAUGCCCUCGGCGCCGCCUACUUGAAUCUGAUCAGCCAGCUCACCACGGUGCCCGCCUUCUGCCAGCACAUCCACGAGGUCCUCGAGACGAGGCAGAAGGAGGCGCCAUACCUACUCCCAGAAGACGUGUUUGUGGAGACGCCCCGGCUGACGAAGAGCCUGGAUCACUUAGUGCCCGAGGUCUUCUUCCGACAGAGCAAGAUCAGCGAGGUGCUGGGAGGCAGCGGUUAUAAUUCAGACCGGCUCAGCACCCCCUACAUCCCCCAGCUGACAGACGAAGAUCGGUUGUCCAAGAGGAAGAGCAUCGGCGAGACCAUUUCUCUUCAGGUCGAAGUGGAAUCGAGGAACAGUCCCGAGAAAGAGGAGAGAGCCCCCGCUGAAGAGAUCACGUACGAAACCCUGAAGAAAGCAAUUGUAGACAGCGUUGCCGUGGAGGAGCAGGAGCGGGAGAGGAGGCGGCUGGUGGUGGAGAAGUUCCAGAAAGCUCCUUUUGAAGAGAUUGCAGCUCACUGCGGUGCCCGGGCCUCGCUGCUGCAGAGCAAGCUGAACCAGAUCUUUGAGAUCACUAUCCGACCACCCCCGAGCCCGUCUGGUACCAUCACGGCGGCUUAUGGCCAGCCCCAGAACCACUCCAUCCCGGUGUACGAGAUGAAGUUCCCAGAUCUCUGCGUGUACUGAGUCGAAGCGCAUGCCGAGAGAAGGCCAAGCCCUGAUGCAACUGGAGCCAAGGGGGAAACGCGCCUUCUGCAUGAAUAAAAACGAGUCUCUUGAAGAACUCAAUAACCCCUCUUGGUGGACUCUUUGGCAGUCUUCCCUCUUCCAGAGCUACGUGGCCCGAGACCACCCCACGAUCCUUCCGCCAUUUACACAAAUCGAAUGUACUUUUCUUUGCCACCCUAUUUCUUCUCAGCUACUUUCACCUCCAGGGUUUGACAAUGCAUGAGACUCAAGAACUUUCAGGAAACGGUUUCAGAGCCGUGACUCCGGCCGCGAGAAGUCGGGGAGGGCACAGGGGUAGCUGGGUUUUGCUUUAGCUUCCCUUUUUAGAAGCGGGUGAGACUUUUGUGGAGGGGGUUAGAUCUCACCCCGGAGAGAGUGUGUUUGGCGUGUUGAUGUCCCACUACAUAAAGCGGACCUAUGCCAGUGA